CUUAGGAAAGUGACUACCUACCUCCACGCGGUGCGGCCUGUUAGUACCUUUUAGGGAAGCCAAAGGUAGUUGCGACUUGUUAAAAGCCUUUUUCAAGGCUAUUUGUUGUGUGCGAUGGCAAGUAAGCCACCACACUUUGCGGUUCUCGCCCGGACAGAGGGAGAAGAAGGGCUUGUGGAAGAGACACAGGCAUCAACUCCGUCUCUGCCAAGUCGGCAGGAUGGAUCGCUCGGCAAUAAGGUCAUUGCCGCCAAAAAGGUUCAAGAUGAACUGCAUGAGUAUCUUGUGGCUAAUGCCCAUUCCAAAAUUGGGACAAGGGAUCAUAUUCCCCAGAUAUUAAGGAGAGUUGAAACAAUUAUAGAACUUUUAACUGAAAGUGAAGAACUAAAGAAGAUGGUGUCCAGCAUACAGAAGAAUUUGGAAGAACUGAAGGUUGCAGAAGAAAGAAGAGGAGGAAGAUCUUUUGCGCAAGUGGUCGCCAGUCCCCCCUUGGUUAAUAAGAGGGCGGUGGAGCCAAGGGAAGUGGUUAUUGUGCAGCCUACAGAAGGAGACAGUGAUGCUGAAAAAACUAAGAUGACAAUAAAAGAAAAAAUUAAUCCUCAGGCCUUGAAGAUUGGAGUUAGAGGACUCAGAAAAUUACGAAAUGGGGCUAUUGCCAUUGAAGUUGAAAAGGCAAGUGAUAAGUUAAAGUUACAAAAGGCAGUGGUCGAAAUUCCUGGAAUGACUGCUCGUGAGCCUAAAAAACGCACACCAAAAGUAAUCAUUCACUCAGUACCUAAGGAUGUAGAGAAAGGACAAUAAUACUGGACUUGAGGAAUUUGAAAAGGGUUUCUUGGUAAGAUUCCCUCUUGGAAACAGAAACAGGUCCACAUCUAGUUGGGUGGUGGACGUCAGCCC